CGCGGCCGACACGGGGCCUCAUGACUGUGCAGGCGAUAUAGCGCCCACGGCGGCCGAUCAGGCCACACCGGGCUAUUCACCGACGCAAGCAGCCCCUGCCACGCCCCCGCUGCCACGUUGGCGAAAUUCACGCCCACCACACGCCCUGCCAGCUGGCGAGCGCCAGUCAUGGCUGUAUGUGCCGCUGCUGCAUGCAGGGGCUGCAGGUGUGGGCGCAGAAGCUGACAGGGCUUGGCGUGAGCAUCCGCAGGCGGGCCCGCGUUGGGAGGAGCUUGUCGCGGCUCUACGGGGUUCGCGCCCAAUUGCGCCAAGCGCGCUUGCUCGCUUGUACCGAGCCAUUGCGGAGCUCGAGGCUGGCGACGCGCAGGCCUGUGUUUCUCCCCGGGAUCAAGCCUGCCUGGCUGCAGUCACUUUGCUCCCCGAUGCCCCCAUUUCCUUGCCCGAGGCUGUGAUCACAUGUGCAGACCCCGACGGCUACCUAUCGGCCGCAGCGCAAUCGGCGCUGCUGGAAGGAUUUGGAGGCGUGGCGGUAGCGGCAGCAGCAAAUUCCUUGGCAGCUGACAUGCGGAGCGCGUUCGAGCUUGGUCCGCCUGACGACCAGCCCGACGCCAGCGACCUGGACACCCCCGCUGCCGCCGAUGGGGAGCCGGCUCUGCAAAGCGAUGUGUCGCAAAGCCGAGCCCCCCACUCCAGAGCAUGGGAGCAAUUGGACGCGAUCGACCUGGCGGCGGAGUUCCGCCGCCCCGUCCCCACACUGCAGGACGUCCCGCCGUUCCUCCGGGCUGCCGUGCGCCACGCCCUCAUGUUGGCCUUACGAGAGCUGCGCACGGCGUACGAAGCGGGCACUGACCACAGUUACACGGCGACAGAACGUGCUUGGAAACUGUUUCUUUUAGCUCCCCGCAUGCUGUUGGCGCGUCCUGCGCACAGACAAGGGCCCCGCGGCCGCGAGGAGCUGUUGGCACGGGCGGCCGCCUUCGAACGAGGCGAGUGGACCAGUCUACUCGAGAACGCCCGCCAGUUGCCUGUGCCAACAGAAUCACCUCCCAAAUCCGACGAAAUGCUCGCAGCGGAACGCCGGGAGCGGGCAUGUGCCAAGGUGCGCAUCGGAGAGGUGUCGCGGGCUCGCCAAGUGUUGACUGCAGCGGAGCUC